GUCCUUUUCUUUCCCUCCCGUGACUAUCACCGUCCCAGAAGAGGCUUUGAGGAGAGCAAUUCAUUCAGGCUCCUAUUCUAGACACCUUUCUCCGCGAGCAAAGCUCCGUGCUAGGUCCCGGGGGCCUGGGAGUGUCAUUGGGGGAAUGACCGCAGCACUAGGUGCUGCAGUUGCCACUGCCACCAUGGUCUCCGGCAGCAACGGCCUCGCCGCCGCCCGCCUGCUGUCGCGUACCUUCCUCCUGCAGCAGAAUGGGAUACGGCAUGGGUCUUAUACAGCUUCCCGGAAACACAUCUAUAUCGAUAAAAAUACGAAGGUUAUUUGCCAGGGAUUCACUGGCAAGCAGGGUACCUUUCACAGCCAGCAGGCUUUGGAUUACGGCACCAAAAUCGUGGGAGGAACCACGCCAGGGAAGGGCGGCAAGACACACCUGGGCUUGCCCGUCUUUAAUACUGUGAAGGAAGCCAAAGAGAAAACAGGAGCGACAGCUUCUGUCAUUUAUGUGCCGUCUGCUUUUGCCGCUGCUGCCAUCGAUGAAGCCAUUGACGCCGAAGUUCCCUUGGUUGUGUGCAUUACUGAAGGUAUCCCACAGCAGGACAUGGUGCGGGUCAGACACAAGCUGACGCGGCAGGGGAAGACCAGGCUGAUUGGGCCCAACUGCCCUGGAAUCAUCAAUCCCGGAGAAUGCAAAAUUGGCAUCAUGCCUGGCCAUAUUCACAAGAAAGGAAGAAUAGGUAUUGUGUCCAGAUCUGGCACGCUGACUUACGAAGCAGUUCACCAAACAACCCAGGUUGGCCUGGGGCAGUCCUUGUGCAUUGGCAUUGGAGGUGACCCCUUUAAUGGGACAAAUUUUAUUGAUUGCCUUGACAUCUUCCUGAAAGAUCCGGCCACAGAAGGCAUCAUACUGAUUGGUGAAAUUGGUGGUCAUGCUGAAGAACAAGCUGCCGAAUUCUUGAAGGAACAUAAUUCAGGGGCAAAUUCCAAGCCUGUAGUGUCCUUCAUUGCUGGUAUAACUGCUCCCCCUGGCAGAAGGAUGGGCCAUGCAGGGGCCAUUAUUGCUGGAGGAAAAGGUGGCGCUAAAGAGAAGAUCGCUGCCCUUCAGAGUGCGGGGGUUGUUGUGAGCAUGUCCCCCGCACAGCUGGGAACCGCCAUGUAUAAGGAAUUUGAAAAGAGGAAGCUGCUAUGAAGGACAUGACAUGAAGUUCUUUAAAGCUGUGGAAGAACCCUUGUAGACUGAGAGUCAGUCCAGAGUGUUGGCUCACGCAUCUGACACUGGCUCUCAUCACAUGGGAAACCAGGCAAAUUUUAGAAUGUCCGAAAUUGAGCUAUUUUCACGUACUGUGUAACAGAGACAGAUAAUAAAUCUAUCAUUUGAUUUGAA